GUGCAUAUGCAUAUGUGUGAGCAGUGUUUUUAUUUAACAAUUUACGCAUUUCAAAGGCAAAAGCUGCACUGCAAAUCCAAUGAUGACAUACUGCGUUGCACGUGCAACCUCCAGGCAGUGAGGCAAAAAGACGGUGCUCCCUAAAUACACAUAAACAAAUAAGUAAACAGACAACCAAAUAUCACAACUUUCGUUCUGCCUGCGUGGAUGCGUUGUGUAUUUUUUUUUUGUUUUGGUUUUUUUUUUUGGGUUUUGGAUAUCAUAAACAAAGAAUCGAGCAAGUAAAAUAUCACGGCAAUUGGAUAACGAAUCAGUUUGUAGCCUACGCUUAAAACCCAAGCAUAUGUGCGUCGCGUGAAAAGUAUCCAAAAAAGAACACAGUCAAUAAAAAACAGCAACAACUAUACGACGCUCAUAGAAAUUGAUUGCGACGAAUACAACAACAACAACACCAAGACGAAGAAGAAGAAGUGUGAAGUAUGAGUAAUAACGUGGAAAGCAAUGGCAAUAGACGCACCGUUGAUUGGCAGCGCUUUGGACUUGGCGGCGACGAUGAGGGCGAGAUAACGGUGGCCAGCUUUCGCCAGCGCAGCAACAACAACACUGGCGGCUUUGUCGAUCUGGGCAAUGAGUACACGUAUGCAGCUGGUGGACAUCAUGCGUCCGGAGCUAAUGAAAUCUUUGCCGGCGAACAGGGCGACAAACCAUGGUGGCGCUCGAACUUCUUCAUCUCACAACCUGUGUUAUUCGGCACCUGGGAUGGCGUCUUCACCUCCUGCUUGAUCAAUGUGUUUGGUGUCAUUGUAUUCCUACGCUCCGGCUGGAUGGUUGCCCAGGCGGGCAUAAUCAAUGCGAUACUCAUAAUUUUCUGCACUGUGGUCAUUGCCCUGGUCAGCGUCCUAUCCGCCAUUGGCAUCUGUGAGCGUUGUCGAGUUGAAAGUGGAGGUGUUUACUUUCUUAUAGCGCAUACGCUAGGCUCUCGCUUUGGCGGUGCGCUGGGACUGCUCUAUUGCUUUGGCCAGGCCGUCGGUUGUGCGCUGAAUGUGAUGGGAUUCGGUGAGUCGAUGGCCGGCCUGGUGGGAUUGGAGGGCAACAAGUGGGCCAUACGUGGCUUUGCAACGGCAGCUGUGCUACUGCUGGGCUGCAUCAAUGUGGCCGGCGUCAAGUGGGUCAUAAAGCUGCAGUUCAUCCUGCUAAUGAUCUUGCUGAUAUCGGCGCUGGAUUUCAUGGUGGGCAGUUUCAUUGGCGAGGAUGCCGAUAACGGUUUCGAGGGCUGGAUGAGUCACAAUUUCGUGGAGAAUCUCUGGCCCAAAUAUGAAGAUGGCUAUUCAUGGUUUCGCGUCUUUGGCGUCUUCUUUCCCACAGUUACCGGCGUGCUCUCGGGCAUUAAUAUGAGCGGUGAUCUGCGUGCUCCAUCCACAGACAUCCCCAACGGCACACUGGCCGCCUUUGGCACCUCCACAUUUUUGUAUAUGGUGUUUGCUCUCUUCUUGGGCGCCACCUGCACACGCAGCAUACUCUACACGGACUUUAUGAUCUCGGUGAAAGUGUCGGCUGUGCAUUUUCUGCUGCUCGCCGGCAUCUAUGUGUCCAGCAUGUCAUCCUGCCUAGGCGCCAUGUACGGCACACCGCGUGUGCUCCAGAGCAUUGCCAAGGAGAACGUUAUACCCGGCAUUGAUGCGCUGGGCAAGGGUCGCGGUCCCAACAAGGUGCCGUUGUAUUCGAUGGCUGUGGUCGCUGUGGUCACCGUUACAUUCAUCAUUGUGGGCGACAUCAAUUUCCUGGCACCCAUUGUCACCAUGCCCUUCCUGAUGACAUACGCUUGCAUUGACUACGCCUACUUUGCACUCGCCCAAACCUUUGACAUACAGGAACAGCGCGAGGAACGCUUUCGCAUUCAAGCCUCCAGUCCCAGCUAUGAGACACGUCGCUAUGGCAGCGUCUCGGAUGGUGGCAAUGAUUUGGAUUUACUAUUUCCGGAUCGUGUGCGCCACAAGAAUCUGCAGAGUCCGCAAAACUCGCCGUUGCAUCAAACACACCAAAUGCCCUCAGUGCCUGCCGAGAAUAUUGUCGAUUUCAAUGCGCCAGCGCCGAGCACAUCGUCAUCGUCAGCAGCAGCUGGUCAAGAUGAUGCUGCUGCCAUUAUUACAGCUAACGCCGAUGGCACUGCUUUGACUGUGGAGCAGUCAGCAGCAGCUCAGGGUGAGCUGGACGAUGAGAACGAGCCAAUUGCGCCCAUACGUCCACCCAUUCAUUCCAAGACGAAAAACUGGUACUCUGGCUUCUGCAAUCGCUGGGCCUCAUUGCUGGGCGCGCUGGUUAAGCUGCUGGUCAUGCUGCUGGUGAACUGGUAUUAUGCCUUGACCUGCUUUUUGGUCGUCUUCGUUGUUUGGUUCUAUGUGGGCACCGCCAAUCCCGCUGUCAAGCCCGGCCUGACUGCAGAGUUUAACUUCUUUGGCUGGCUAAAGAGCGUCAUCUUUCGUUGCUUCGGUAAACGCAUGCACGAGUACGAACAGAUUGUGGUGACGCCCUCGUGUCCCGGCGUGGACUUGUCGCCCACACAGCUGAACGAGCAGAAUGAGGACUUCAGGCCGCGACCCAAUUAUCAUCAUUCGUCGGUGAUUGAGGGUCGCCUGAUAGAUGAUAUCUAAACGCUUGGGUUUGGGACGGUGGACAGUGGGUUAUAUGGGAGGUGUGGCAAGCAAUAUUUUAAGUGCAUUUUGCUAAUACUAAACUACUAUAUAACUAUAUAUAUAUAACUUAUAUGUAUAAUGUAACGCAUAAGAGUAUAGUUAUGUUUAAUCCAGCACAUGCAUUUAGAAGCGAUCUUCCCACAUACACACACACACACACACACACACUUACAGACAAACACACACACACACCCAGCGCACAUCGCAGCUUUAGCUAAAAUUAAUUGUCUACUAAUUACGAGUAUAUAUAAUUAAUAAUCUAUAAGUUUUGAGCAUUUAACAGCCUGCUUUUAAUAUGUUCCUUUCUUGUGUGUAAAGUCUCUUGAUAUUUAAUUUCUCUAGAUUCUUUAGUUCGAUAUGGAGAGAGCCUGUAAAAUUGUUGCUUAAUAUAGAUAUGUUUCCGUACGCGUUUUGUAUCGUCUCAAAAGCACAUACAUAGCUUAUUUAUGGAAACAUAUGUGAUACUGAGAUAAUAAGUAAAACAAUCAAAAGUAAAAACAAAAAAAAAAACAAAAAC